AUGCUGCGGCCCCGCUCUGUAGCUCAGGUCUAUGACCAUAACCGACUGGUUGAAGAAGAUAAUACUCGAGGUGGGUGCUUCGUCUACUGCCCAACUGUUGACGAUGGCCCGAGUCUCUCCAAGCUCGAAAACUGCCUUAAUGCAGAGAUUGAUUCUGUUCAAUGCGACCCCUUUGGGUUCUACUCAGCUGCGGAUCAAGUUGAGCUCGCUAGGGAACAGGCGAAAGACACUGGAUUUUGUCAGGCUUGUCUGGCAGACAUAGCAGGCACCGUGGAGCCGUCGACAACGGACGAGGAAAACCUUGUUUCAGAAACUACCACCGCAGAGCCGUCGACUACUGACAGCGAAACCUUUGUUUCAGAAACUACUAGCGGCACAACGGCCAAGAAUACUAAGUCACCAAACACUGCUUCAACCACUCCCGCUCCGUCAAGAACCGGGGCUUCUGCAACUACAGCUUCAAUUGCUAAAGCGACCAGUACUAAUGCUGCUAUUGGAGUGUAUAAAGCGGAUAUAGUCCCAUGGAAGAUCGGAUUUGCUAUGGGAGCUAUGUUAUUUACGAGUGCAGUUGCUGGGAUGCUGGUCUAA